GAUCAGGUCGGCCUCAGGCAGCUAGACCAGUCGGAGCAGCCAGGCCUGGAUUUUCGUGACAUGGUGGCUGUGCAGCUUCGAGCCCAGCAUCAAUCCCUGCUGGUCGUGGGCGUGUACAUGACCACGGCGGUGGGCGCUCGGGGCAACGCUCAGAAGUUAGCCAAUCUCGGGGCGUUGCUGGCGACGAUACAGGGCAUGUGGCUUGUCGUCGGAGAUUGGAAUAUGACGCCGCAGGAGUUGUCCGCAUCAGGGUGGCUCGAGCUAUCGCAGGGGGUCGUCGCGGUGCCGAGCAACACGUCUUACACGUGCACGGCGGGCACGGGGCGCAUGUUGGAUUACCUUGUUAUGUCUGCGUCGGCCCAGCACCUGCUCGCCUCCAUUGAGGCGGACUUUGACACGGUCGAAGAGGCAGGCAAGUCGCACUACGGAUUGGACAUCUCGCUGGAUUUUGAUAUAUCGAGAGCUAUGGCAUGGACCCUUCGGCGUCCUCGGGCUUUUGACCAUCCUGCGCGCCCAAGAAAGCAGCCAGACCCUGACAGCAAGAGGUCUAAGAAGCGGGCAGCUCGCUUGGGACACCAGGAUGCCGAGGCGAACCCAGUCAAGGUGCCCACUCCUGCUGCUUGGGGGGCCAAGCGCAAGCUUUCCAUCAAGAGCCCGCCCGUUCUGCAGUAUGUUCAUCUGGAGUUUGAGGAAGAAGAUUUCUGGACCGACAAUGAAGAAGACGACACUGAGGCCCCGCCUGACGAUGCCCCAACUUUGGAGGAGAUCGAGGAGGUGCCCGAGGUCGAGGACUCCACCAAUGCCAGUUUGCAGCGUGAUUGGACUUGUUUGGCGAAGGAUUUGUUGUGGCACAGUCUAUCGGAGCAGGUGGCACGAAGAUCGGAGCCUCCAGCUUUUGUCGAACAGAGCCUCGGUUUCCAGGCCGACCCUGCUGCUGCCCGUCGUCUUGGCGAGGCUUUCGCUGAGUGGUCGCACACCAUGGAGUUGUACUAUUGUGAGUUGUAUCAGGUGCACCCUCAGGAGCGUCGCCAGUAUAUGGGCAGGGGGAAGCUGCAGGAGCCAGUCAAGCAACCAAUGGAUGGUGGUAAGCCGUGGCCCACUACGUCUGACGCCAGCUCGCGUUGGUGGUCUACUGUUGCCAGCCACCUGAACGAGCUUGCCCACGUCAGAGCUGGGUCAGAAGGCCUGCCUCGAGCGCAGCAUCUAAGAGGACGGCUCUCGGCUUUGGCCUCGUCCAUCCCUGUUUGUCAGAUCGUUCCGCUACCUGAGCGUAGGCGCGCCAGGUGGGUUCGCUCGCUUCGCACUCUGUCGGGCAUCACGAGCGAGUCCUUGGCCAAGUUGGCGGAGGCGGCAAGCAGAGCCGCUCAUCAGGCGCAGCGCGCGGUGGCCAGGCAGCGUCUGCAGGGCUACCGCGACUGGGUCUGCCAGCACGCGAUCAACGGCAUGGGGGUCCUCCACCGCCUCGUGAAGGACCCGAUGGCGGAGGUCAGUGAGAUUCGCUAUGUGGAGGUCACUACUUGCGACGGUGCCUCGCUCAUGGAGGCGAAGCGGGCGGUCUGGGACAAGCUAUGGACGCCGCCGAACUUCAGCAGCACCAACGCCAUGAAGGUGCUCCAGGAGGCUCGCGACCUGGCGAGGGAGGAGGAAUUGCCUCCUCUGACGCUGGACGGCCUCGAGGCGGCAUUGCUCGCAGUCUCGCAGUCCAAGGCGGCAGGCAUCGAUGGUGUUCGCCAACGGGAUGUUUGGUGGCUGCCUGAGGCGGGCCGCCAGCAGCUGCUGGCUCUUUUUCAGCAGAUCGAGUGUGCCGUGGCUUGGCCAUGGCAGUGGCUCACAGCCAUCAUUGUUCUGUUGCGAAAGCCUGAUGUGCGCAAGGACCGCGCCAUCGGCCUUCUCACCUGGCUGGGUCGACUGUGGAGCCGUAUGCGAUCUCGUCCCGCGGAGGUCUGGGCCGAGGCGUAUAUGACAUCCGAUUUCAAACAGUCUGUUGCGGAGUCAAUUGAAGCCCAGUUGUGGGCUGGUGCGUCCAAGUUCCGCAACGGGGGUGGCGCGGAGUCAG